UCGAUACACUAUUACAAAGACCGGUAACUCUCAUAUUCUAACAAGAUGGCUGCUAAAAAAGGUGCUGCGAAAGUUAUAGAAAAGGUCAGGCGUAAAACAUUUUUGAGUGUUCUUAUUCCUGCUGGAAAAGCCACACCAGCACCACCCUUAGGACCGGAGCUAGGACAGAUGCAGAUACAAAUUGGUGCAUUUUGCAAAGACUUCAAUGAAAAGACUGCACAUAUUAAGCAAGGAAUAAAUAUUAAAACAGAGAUAACAGCAAAUUCAGAUCGUACAUACGAUUUAAAGUUCUUGGGUCCACCUAUAAGCUACUAUUUAUUGCAAGCAUGUGGUGCUCAGAAAGGAGCUACUAAACCAGGUAAACAAGUGUGCGGGGUAACAACUUUAAAACAUGUGUAUGAAAUAGCCAAGAUAAAAAAAGACGACCCAACCUAUGCAUGCAUGACACUGCAGCAGUUAUGUCAACUCAUUAUUGGAAGGGCCCACAAUAUCGGCAUUCAGGUUGUCAAGGGUCCUCUUACAGUGGAGGAGUUAAAAGAGUUCCAGAAGAAACGAGCUGAUGAAGUGGCACAGGAAGAGAAGGAGCUAGAGGAGUUGAGAUUGUCAAAGAUGUUGAGAUUGUAGAAGUGAUGUGUGAAUGUGUAUUGUGGCCUGUAUGUGUGAAUGUGUAUUGUGGCCUGUAUGAUGUGUGAAUGUGCAUUGUGACCUGUAUGUGUGAAUGUAUAUAGAUCUAGUAGAGACUGAUGUGUUAAUGUAACUCAUUAAACAUUUGUUUUAAAUAUA